CCGACGUGGCGCUGCAGGCGGGGAGGGGCGCAGCGGGGCGGGCCGGAAAGUUUGUCCGGAGCUGCGGCGACCUCGGAGGGGACUCGGCCGGAGGGGAUGCGCGCGCCGCCCCCCGCGCCCAGCACGCACGCCCGCCCGCGGAGCCCGGCUCGCCAUGGGCUGUCCUCCGCCUGUCCUGCCUCUGUGUGCCUCUGUGUCUCUGCUGGGUGGCCUGACCUUUGGCUAUGAACUAGCAAUCGUAUCCGGUGCCCUUUUGCCACUGCAGCUUGACUUUGGGCUGAGCUGCUCGCAGCAGGAACUCCUGGUGGGCAGCCUGCUCCUGGGGGGGCUCCUCGCCUCUCUGGGGGGCGGCUUCCUCAUUGACCACUACGGCAGGAAGCGAGCCAUCCUGGGAAGCAACGUGGUGCUGCUGGCCGGCAGCCUGAGCCUGGGCCUGGCUGGCUCCCUGCUCUGGCUGGUCCUGGGCCGCCUGGCAGUUGGCCUCGCCGUCUCCCUCUCCUCCAUGGCUUGCUGUAUCUACGUGUCAGAGCUGGUGGGACCUCGGCAGCGGGGAGUGCUGGUGUCUCUCUACGAGGCAGGCAUCACGGUGGGCAUCCUGCUCUCCUAUGCCUUCAACUACGCCCUGGCCAGUGCCCCCUCGGGCUGGAGGCACAUGUUCGGCUGGGCUGCCGCACCUGCUCUCUUGCAAUCUCUGGGCCUCCACUUCCUCCCAGCUGGUGCAGAGGAGACUGCAGUGUAUAAAGACCUCAUCCCGCUCCAGGGAGGGGAAACCACCAAGCACGGACUGGGGAGACCACGCUACACAUUUUUGGACCUCUUCAAGGCCCGGGAUAACAUGCGAGGCCGGACCGCCGUGGGGCUGGGAUUGGUGCUUUUCCAGCAGCUAACAGGGCAGCCCAAUGUGCUGUGCUACGCCUCCACCAUCUUCCAUUCAGUCGGCUUUCGUGGAGGGUCCUCCGCUAUGCUGGCCUCCGUGGGGCUCGGCGUGGUAAAGGUGGCAUCUACUGUGACUGCCAUGGGGCUGGUGGACCGUGCUGGCCGCAGAGUCCUGCUGCUAGCUGGCUGCACCCUCAUGGCCCUGACAGUCAGUGGCAUCGGCCUUGUCAGCUUUGUGGUGCCCAUGGACACCGGCCCCAGCUGCCUGGCUAUGCCCAAUGCCACCCAAAAGACAGGCUUCCCUGGAGGCUCUGGUCUGCCAAAAGAACCAUCUCCUAUGCCCAGAACCAGGGGGGACCAGUGGGAGCCGGUCUUGUCAACUGCUGGGAAAACCAAGUUGCCUCCUGGAGCCAGAGCUGCCACAGCUACUCCCCUGCCAGCCCUGAGCGUCACCUCCCCGGUGUCCCCCGAUUCCACCCCAGAGCACACACUGCUGCGCUGGACAGCGCUAAUCUGUCUGAUGGCCUUUGUGAGUGCCUUCUCCUUUGGCUUUGGACCAGUGACCUGGCUGGUCCUCAGUGAGAUCUACCCCGGGGAAGUCCGCGGCAGAGCCUUCGCCUUCUGCAACAGCUUCAACUGGGCCACCAACCUCUUCAUCAGCCUCUCCUUCCUCGAUCUCAUUGGUGCCAUCGGCUUGUCCUGGAUCUUCCUGCUUUACGGGCUGACCGCUGUCCUCGGCCUUGGCUUCAUCUACUUCUUCGUUCCUGAAACAAAAGGCCAGUCACUGGCGGAGAUAGACCAGCAGUUCCAGAGCAGUCGGUUCUCCCUAAACUUUGGCCACAGGCAGAGCUCGCCUGGCGUCCAGUACAGCCGCAUCAAGGUCUCCGCGGCCUCCUGAGGUGCCCAUCUGCCUGGAAGAUGCUGACCAUCGGUGUCUGCAGACCAUCUGCAGUUCCCUGCUCGCUGGGCCCUGCAGCACAAGGUCCAGGAGGCCUUUGGGAGUGACCACGGUCCCAAAGGAGGGCUUUUCUUUGCUGGGGUCAGAGAUAAAAGUCUGAGAAGCCCAAACUCAUUUUGAGUGUGAGGCCCUGAGGAUCUGUCUGAUGCCUCAGUUUCCCCACUGGCUUUACGUAUAUCUGCAGUAUUUUUAAUGAGAACAUUAUGGAGUUCUCCUCACACCACGCACGGAUUUCUCAAGCAAUCUUUGGGGUACCAAUCCUGGCAGGAAGUGUCUCUUAGAAUCUCCCUUAAAUGCCCCAAAGAUACCAUAUUCUCUGCUGUCUGUUUCCAUCUGGCAGGGGGUCUUUAGGCAGAAACCUGCCUUUGGGAUCUUAGCUCUCAGAGCUCAUCCCUCUAGUUCUUUUGCCAAAGAUGUUUAUCAUUUACUUGAAACUUUGACUGCUCGGCCAGGCUUGAAUUCUAGUCCCGGUUCUGCUUGUGUUUCCCCACAUGUACAAUGAGAUUCUUGGGCUGGGCUGUCUGGAGGAUUCGAGUUUUAGUUUGAAGGAAAGGAAAACAGGGUUUGGGGGCUGUGCACACUAAGAUCUAAGAACUGUCACGUGCAUGUGACAAAUGCGAGGGUCCUCUUCCAGGACAGGGCAGGAGGCUCUGCUGGACGGAGGGUGUUUGAAGACUGCACACCUUGACGUCAGCAAGGCCUCAGUCUCCAUUUCCUCGUUUGCAGAAUGGGGACAGAAUGGGGGCAGUAGGGCUCCUGGCGAUGUGUUUAACCCCCAUGUCCCUUGGCCUCUCUGUUUCUAGAUACUUUCCUCUCCCAGGAUGGGCUAGAGCUGGCUUGUGAGAGCUGAUUACUAAAUUAAACUGGUUGUUAAACACAACCAUUAUUGAAAAUAUAUUAUUUGAACUUAUAAUUAAGUGCAUUACAUAAAAGACAAAGGUAAUUAAUGCUCAGCACUCGCUGGCUCCUAAUUAUCUUAAUCUGCUUUCCCGUUGUCUGUGUUUAGCAGGUCCCAGAACUGUGUCUGCGUCACACAGGUUAAGAACACUGAUCAGGGCUUGAUUCUUGUUUUGUUGACUUUCCAGAGUUACUAACAGUGGGAUCAAAUGUUAGUAAUACAAAUUAAACUAAAAAAUGUGCCAUGUUUUAGCUGAUACAGUAUAAGUAGGAAAAAAACCCUAAGGAAUAUUUUUCUACUAUUUUAAACAGUUGUUCAGUUUAGCAGACACAAGUGCUUAGGUCAUCAGAGGAGGAAUUCUGAAAUACUGGAUAUCCUAAUGGCUUUUUUAAACUUUUAAGUUUCUUUGCGAUGCUUGGGGUUGAGCCAAGCACCAGCGAGUGCUGAGCUACAUCCCCAGCUCUUGUUUAAUUUUCAUUUUCAGUCAGGGUCUCGCCAAGCUACCCAGGCCAGCCUUGAACUUGAGAUCCUCCUGUCUCAGCCUCCUGUGCAGCUGUGAGUACAGGUGUGCGCUACCAGGCUCAGCUUAACCGUUUGACUUUUCUUGUCUCAUUCACGUAAACGAGGGUUUCAGUGAGCUUUCUGGAGGUGUAAGGACCCUGCGUUUUCACUUGUGUCUAAUGUUGUCAAAUCAUGACUGAGUUGCAGGGAGAGCUGGUUUGGAUUACAAGCAAUUAGCUAAAAAUAAAUCAGCAAAACGAUUCUGUAAGAAUUAACUGGGUUAUGCAAUUUACAUAGGAGGAGUUACAAUAAAGAGCAUUUACAAUACAGA